AUGCUGCAGCAGCAGCAGCAGCAGCGGCUGGACCUGCUGCUGUCUUUCUUGUGGCUCGGCUGCAGCAAGCUGCUGCGGCUCGCCAAAGCUGCUGCCUGGUGCACUCCCCCGCUGCUGCUGCUGCGGGACCGCGUUGCUGCUCUCGACAGGACCGACGUUCCUGCUGCUGCUCUCACGCAGCAGCAGCAGCAGCAGCAGCAGCAGCAGCAGCAGCAGCGCGGCGUGGGGGUGCGGCCGCAGGCCGCUGCAGAGCGCUUUUCCGUUGCUGCCGCUGCUGCGGCGGCACCCCCAGCAGCAGCAGCAGCAGCCGAGCCAGCAGCAGCAGCAGCAGCAGCAGCAGCAGCAGCAGCAAGUGAAGGAUCUUUUAUUUUGACAGCUUUGUCUGCCAAAGAAAUCCACAGGGGAUCUUUCGUGCGGCUGCUGCACCCCACAGCAGCAGGACUUCGGGUGUAUGCGCAGGUCGUGGGGGUUCCUGGGGACGUCUUGGCGAUCCCCUGGCAGCAGCAGCAGCAGCAGCAGCAGCAGCAGCAGGGAGAGGAGGGGCGGGAGGUGCUGCUGCAGCAGCUGCAGCACCCAAGCAUUGAGGCUAGGUUUGUCACCGCCGAAGACUUGCUGCUGCUGCUGCUGCGGCUGCUGAGAGACACAGAAAUCCAGUGGCAAAGGGAGCGCACUAAACGCCUGCAGCAGCAGCAGCAGCAGCAGCUGCUGCAGCAGCAGCAGCAGCAGCAGCAAGGGGAUGCGUGGGUGCAGUGCUUGCAGCGGAGGGAGGAGGAACACAGAGAGCAGCAGGCCAUCAUCCAGCAGCACAUAUUUGAGCUGCAGCAGCAGCUGCAGCAGCAGCAGCAGCGGAAGCAGCAGCUGCAGCAGCAGCAGCAGCUGCAGCAGCAGCAGCAAACUGACUGGUUCCUGCUGCUGCGGGUGCCGCAGGGCCGCUGCUGGGUAGAAAGCAUUGUGGCCCCAAACACAAACCCAUCAGCAGCAGCAGCAGCAGCAGCAGCAACAGCAGCAGCAGCAGCAGCUCCCUCUGCUGCUGCUGAAGCAAAAGGUGCUGCAGCACACAAAGAAGCAGCGAAGCCUGAAGACAAAAGGACGCCCGCAAAUCAACACAGCAGCAGCAGCAGCAGCAGCAGCAGCAGCAGCAGCAGCAGCAGCAGAGCAGCAGCAGCAGCAGCAGCAGCAGCAGAUGACAGCCACACUUUCGGGCUUGUGCCUCUCCCUCUAAUUGACGGCGUGCCGCUUCUUGCUGCGCCGGCCCCCCCGAAGCGCCGCAGCAGCAGCAGCAGCAGCAGCAGCAGCAGCAGCAGCAGCAGCAGCAGCAGCAGCAGCAAGUGGGGCGGCGUGUGGGAAGUGUUUUCUUUUUUUUCAAUUUUAAAUGAAUUUAAAAUUGCAGCAGCAAAUGAAAUCAAAGACAAAAGCCCCAAAGGCACACGGCUGCUGCUGCACCAGCCUUACCCAAAGCCUCCUGCAUAG